AUGGAGUCAGGUUCAUUUCAGGAUGUGACAAAUAAGGCACCGAGCAAGCGCCGGGCUGCUUUGCAGACUGAAACACACAAGUCCGAGGGGAUGCCCGUCGUAACUUGUGCCAUCAUUGAGGAACUGUCAAGAAAGGUGGAUGAGCUCUCGCAUAAAUUUGACGCCAUACAUGAUUUGCUAUCUGCGCUUGUGGUUCAGCAGUCGCAGUCGUCUUUUCCAAGGCACUUGGUGGAGUCUCCAGAAGCCCUGCGUUCUGCUUUAUACAAGGAGGAGAAAAAAGUGGCCUCUGCUGUUAACGUUGCUACUCAACAACAACAUACCCAUCCGCCUUGGGGCGAUGCCGCUCGGGAUUCUCAGCUGACUGACACAACAACAUCCGGAGUACCAACUCCGGAGGCGCCAAGGGAGAUGGAGGCAAAACCCUAUAAUCGUAAGAAGUCUCCCUCGCUUGCCCUCGCGGCUUCAGGUGGGGGGCAUGUUGCCGACCAGCAUAGUUGGCCAACGUAUGACUGUUUCAUUCUCUUGGUGGAAUUCAAAUGCCAACGUGUGAAGCGCUGCGAGAGCAAUGUUUUUAUUGUCCCAGGCCAGUACGCCAUAGUACAGGGUGACCGGGGGUAUGACUGCGGUGUUGUGAACCAGUGCAGCGAGUGGAGUGCGGAAAAGGGCUGCUUUGUUCGCGAGGAGAGCUUGGACGACACGGUGGUGAAUGUUGCCCGAAUGAAGUCCGAUAUCAGUCGUGUUUUGCGAGUUGCAAGUGAGGAGGAGGUCGAGCGCCUCUUUGGUGAGAUUUCCCGGAACGAGAAUCUUGCGCUAAAGACAUGCCGCGAGAUUGUCGCACGUCUUGGGCUUGAAAUGGAUGUGGUGGACUGUGAGUACCAGUUUGACCAGCAGAAGAUCAGCUUUUACUAUGAGUCCUCCCGUUCCAUUGACUUUCGGCAUCUUAACAGCGAACUCUACCGCAUCUUUGGUGUGCGCAUUUGGCUGCAGAAUGUGAACAAUGCCGUGAAGAACGUCGUGCCUGCCGGGGCCAUGUCCAAGGAUGACAAAGCUCAAUACCGGAGAAGUGGACUGCACCCACCAUUAAGAUAG